UAUAGGAGGAUUCCUGAUUUGGAUACUUGACCGAGUACAGGAACACCACCACAAUUGACAACCUAUACAGGCUGUCACGGUGAACUAUCUGGCAAGAGAUGUUAAGCUACAAAAUACGGUGCCUGUAAUAUCAGUAUGAGUGACUGCGUUCAGAAACUAGCCCGUGUUUUGCUAUGCUUGACUGACUGGUAUUUUUCGUAUCCCAUGUUAUCGCUUCUCUCAAGAUGAACUGAUGACGAGUUGAAAAUGGCGGAUCUUUCGAAAUCCAACCCCGGCCUGAAAUAGAAACGCAUGACGACAGUACCGCGGUGGGUUUCAUCAUGGACGUGGUGCCUCCGGAGCUGAACAGUCUGCUGCCCGACGAGAUCAUGGACACCGAGGCCAUCGUGACCGACGACGACCUCCCCGCCGCACACAGCGGUGACCCCCUGGACAACCCCGUUCCCAUGGAGACGGAAGUGUCCGAGAUAGUGACUCUGUGCACCACCACCACGUCAUCGGCAGCGGUGACGUCAUUGUCUUCCUCAUCGUCGUCGUCGUUGUCGUCACUGACACCCUCCGUCCCCGUGCAGAGAACUCAGGCCUUGACCACCCUCACCACCACAGACUCCACCCCCUCCACGGGUAGCGGUGGCUCGGGCUCGGGCUCGAGCGCGGGCACCCAGCUCAUUCUCACCCCCUCCACCGCCGCCCUCACCCUGCAGCCCACCACCCUCCCCGUCCUCUCCAAAGCCUCCAUCGUAGGCAGCAGCAGCCCCCAGCUCACCACCACCACACAGAAGCUCAUGGCGCCCCUCACCCUCUCCGCCAACCACCAGCUCAUUUUGAACAAGGUGGCGUCGUCGCCAGGCUCCGAGGCCAAGACGGCCACCCUGCUGAAGCAGGACGGCACGGGCCAGAAGCUGCUGGUCAUGGGCAAGGCGGGCCAGCCCAUCGUGCUGGCGCUGCCCCCCUCGGCCGCCAAGGCGGGGACGGUGCUGAGCGCCGGGGACGGCAAGGGGGGCGUGGCGCAGCAGUUCAAGGUGGUGAACAUCGGGGGGCGCCACGAGCUGAGGCCGAUGACAAGCAUGCAGGCGGUGGUGAGCAGCGCCAGCCAGCUGGUGGGCACUUCGCAGGCCGGCCAGCAGCUCAAAACUGUGCAGAUUACCAAGAAGGCCCCAGUCUCUACUGCUGCUCCGAUGAUCACCAAGUUCAUCAUCACGAAGGCGCUUAACAACAAAGGCUUGACCAGCCAAACGUCUGUGUCCCCUGUUCUGACAGGCCGGGUUCUGACCCAGACCACACCGGACACCCCUCCCCGGACCAUCACUUUGUCAGCCGAUGCCCUGUGCAGCACGCCACAGAGUGGAGCCAGCAAGGUGGCCAUCUCCCCUCUCAAGUCCCCCAGCAAGCUGACGGUGGUGUCAGUCGCGUCCCCGUCCCCCGCGUCCCCCCAGAAGUCGGUGGCCGUCCCCCUCAGCGUGCUGGGCCAACAGAUCCUCACCCUGCAGCAGCCCGGCUCCCCCGCCAAGCCUGGGGCCUCCAUCACACAGGCCGGUAAGGCGGUGCAGUUGGUGGGUGGCGUCGGGGGGCCUCAAUUCAAGACUAUCGUGCCGCUGUCCACGCCGCCCAAUGUGCAGCAGAUCCAGGUGCCGGGCAGCCGCUUCCACUACGUGCGGCUGGUCACCGCCUCCAGCGGGAGCCCCUCCUCCGCCACCGGCAGCAGCCCCAGCAGCGUCACCGCCACCAUACAGCCAGCCAAGCCCAUGGUAGUGAACUCGGGAGCGGUCAGGAUGUCUGUUCCCAUCGUUUCUGCGCAGACUGUUAAGCAGGUGGUUCCCAAGCCCCUAACGUCGGUCGCCUCUCAGGUGGUGACCAAUCAGCAGCAGCGGCUCAUCAUGCCAGCCACGCCCCUCCAGCAGAUCCAGCCGCUGCCCGCCGGGACCCUCCUCGCCCCCGCGCCCGGCACGGGCAACAUGGGAUACGCCGUGCUCUCCGCACCGGGAUACGUCACACAGCUCCAGCAACCAACAAUAGUGACGCUGGCCAGUGGAUCGGGAUUUUCCACGCCAUCUACCAUACAGACACAAGCCAGACUGCCGCUUAAUGGCCUGUCAGCAUCUGAUUCAACGUCAAGGCCAAGGAAACCAUGCAAUUGCACAAAAUCACAAUGUCUGAAACUUUACUGUGACUGUUUUGCCAACGGCGAGUUUUGCAGCAACUGCAACUGCACCAACUGUUUCAAUAACCUGGAGCACGAGUCGGAGAGAUUAAAAGCUAUCAAGUCAUGUUUGGACCGGAACCCAGAGGCUUUUAAGCCAAAAAUCGGCAAAGGCAAGCAGGGCGAGUCAGACCGUCGGCACAGCAAGGGCUGCAACUGCAAACGCUCGGGCUGCCUGAAAAACUACUGCGAGUGUUACGAGGCCAAGAUCAUGUGCUCGUCCAUCUGCAAGUGCGUGGGCUGCAAGAACUUUGAGGAGAGUCCGGAGCGGAAGACCCUGAUGCACCUGGCGGACGCGGCAGAGGUCAGAGUUCAGCAGCAGACGGCGGCCAAGACCAAGCUCUCCUCACAGAUCUCAGACCUGCUGACGCGCACCGCGCCCACCAUCAACAGCGGCGGAGGGAAGUUGCCCUACACAUUCGUCACCAAGGAGGUCGCCGAGGCGACGUGCGACUGCCUGAUGGAGCAGGCGGAGCAAGCGGAAAUGUCCAGUCAGAGCCAGGCGAUGGCCGAGCGUCUCAUCCUGGAGGAGUUCGGCCGCUGCCUGAAGAGAAUCAUCAACUACGCCGGCAAGGCCAAGACGGACUGCUGCUAGGAAGCCUCCCACACACACGCACACACGGGCAGAGACAGGCAAACAGGACAGAUGGAAAGACGGACAGACAGCCAACGCAGUCAGUGAGAAUCACCCCUACCAACCAACCAACUCACCACCACCAGCAGCAACAGCGGAAACCCCAGUGGCAGCUCACGGCUAGCCCCAACUGGUUGCUGGCACGGCCAAUCCGGAUUGCUGCUAAGCAGCCGUACACACACACACACACACACACACACACACACACACACACACACACACACACACACACACACACACACACACACACACACACACACACACACACACACACACACAGGCAAACGGAGAGACGGCCAACAGUCAGUGAGAAUCGCCACCACUAACCCACCAGCAGCGGACGCCCCAGUGGCGGCUCACGUGCAGCCCAACUGGUAACGGUCUAUGGUCAAGGCCCAGGUGACAGGUCACACCUUUGCAAAACCCCACCAACCACACUUAUGUCUGUCAAAAAGCUAGGCUGGAUGGACCUCAAAACAAACGAAACAGCCACGCCAUGCGCCCCUCCCUGCUCUACCUGGACCCGUGCAAUUCUCCAGGGUGCUCCACCAAUCAGGUGGAACGGAACAGAAUGGACACGACACGGGCAUGGUUGUCCCUAGCCAAUCAGCCGGGAAUGGACAUCAAGGCAGAGAUUUUCCUAGCCAAUCAAGUGGCUGGAAAGGGAACUCCAGGAAAAGGAAAAGGGUGUAGAAGCUUUGGUGACUAGGACAAGAGACGCCAGUCUUCUCAAAUCCCUGGCUGAGGUCAGCUGGAAAGGAGGGGAUACGAGACUAGAGACUCGACGUUCCCCUUCCCAGCACCCCCACCUCUGCGACCAGGUCGUGACUGAGUGGGGUGUUGUAGAAUGAGAGACUGGAACAGACUUCUAAGCAAGAACUCUGGGAUGUUUGGUGGGCUCCCUCAGAGUAUAGAGUAUUGCACAGUAUGCUGUUUUUUUUGGGACGUGUUUAGAGAGUGUUUAUAUUUACUUUUGAAGUAGGAUUUUAUUUCUUUAUUUGAACGUUUUAUUUUUUUCGUGUCAUGACAUUUAAUUUUUAUCCAUCAUGGAAUUUGCUGAUCAUCAUUAGGUCGCCGUUUUCAGAUCUCUGGAACUAUUUCUCCUUUUUCAACUAACUGCUUCACCUCAAAAAGGCUUUAGCUGACGCCUUCAUAUUAUUCCGCGUUUCUCAAAUCAUGACUUAACGUGCAGCAUGUAGCCUCUACUGUAGCCUAUGAUUUAAAGACGUGCUUCAUUUUGUUUGUAUUUAUUUUUGAUGAUCCAGGGAGUUGAUCGUUGACCCCCCCCCCCCCAGCAAGAAUGGAAGGCGUCAGAGAGUAGGACACAUUGAGAGCAGUUACAUGCGCGAAGUAUUCAGGUUUCAAUUGGAAUAUUGUCAAUAUUCGGGUAGAAACGGGUUCCAGAAUAUUCCGUUUACAGGACUGGAGCACCACUCUGCAACCGGAGUACUCCUGGAACACUGUAACAUUCUGAAUCAAUGAAUAAAGAGUUUACGUAACUCUUGCGUAAAGAGAAUACGGCAACCUGCUUCUGUUUUUAAAAUUGGAAAUUUCCUCGCUUGUAACUGCUUUCACAGUUUUUGCAUUAACUAUCUAGCCUGGUUUUACCAUCCCCUCAUAUUAAUAUCAUUCGUCCUGAGUGUCUGGAAUGGGAGAUCUGGGAGGAGUUUGGUCUUGUUGCCAAAGAAGCGGUGAAGCAGCCAAAGGGGAUGGAUGGAUGGAUGAGGGAGUGGGCGGUGCACAUUUCGAACAUCAACAGACUUCAUGACCAGUAAUCUUUUUUCACUGUCAUGAACAUAUGUUAGUGAUUGGAUGAAAUGGGACGCGUGUUUAACAACAGAGUUCAACCCUCCCUCCGCUAAACAUUUUUUCAGUGUGGCUGUUCCAGACCUUCUGUACAGAUGAAAUUGGUAUGGAGGGAUGGAAAAGCCAGGCUAGCAUUAGCAGGCUUUUGGGCUAUAACUAUUACAGGACGUCAUCAGUUAAAUUCUACUUGGCUAGUGAGAUGGUUGACUAGCUUGGCAUUGACGUAAAAUGUUGCAGGACGAGAUUUGUCAGUGAACAGCCAUUUAAAGAUGUUCCUCCCUUAAAGUUUUAGUAUCGUCACUGUUAAGACAAGAUUUAAAUCAACUUUUGCUCCCAGUUCACAACUGUCUGCUUGUGAAUGCCGAUCAAUCUCAUCUAACAUAAUGUUAAGGGAACCAACUAGGCAGCCAUCUAGCCACCCGAGUUGAAUGUGGCCAUAGAUUUGGGAAAUGGGUGUUGGGCCAGCUACAAAUUGCUAUUUGGAGUGUUUCAGAAUUCUAAGAAAUCAUCUGAAGGUUCCAUUAAUGCCUAGUGGACAGUUUUUGUUUGCUAUUAAAUCUGGUGUAAAUUAAAUGUUUUUCAUUAACUCUAAAAAGUAUGGAUAAGUGAAUUGAUACUUACUAAGAAAUGCCAAGGGAAAAGUUUUUUAUGCGUAAGAUUUGAAAUCAACUGGGCUGCAGGAACCACAUAAUCUGAAAGUAUUACUAAUCUCUUUUAAACUAUAUAUGAAACGUUAUAGUCCACAUUUUCCCCCACGCAACUCUUGAGAUCUUAAUGAUGUCUGUCUUGAUGCAUGUUGGAAUACCAUGUUAUCCAACUGCCUUCUUACCCCUGGAUGUGAUCUGUUUGGUCCCCCCGCCAAUUUAUUCCUUCCCCGUAGGCCUACCACAUUAAAGUGUUCUCGUUGUUUAUUUAAUGUACUUGUUAGGUGGACAAUGAAGGGAAUACCUGCUGGACACUCAAGUGAUGCAUCAAGUCAGUUGAUUCAUGUUUUUAUUUACCGGUAGUCGUGGUUGCAGUGCCUUUCUCUGUCCAUAAGGAAAUUAAUGGUUGUGGUGCAAAAUUAAAAGCUACGGAUUAAGCCUGGAGAUUUUUUAGAAGUGCAUUUCAGGGUCUUUGCCAGUUGUAAACGUUUGGGAUCAUUUUUUUUUUUUAAAUUAAAUGGCAUGCGUCUUUGAAUAUGUUAUAAACAUCAUUGAAUGAUUUAUUUUUCUUCUUCAAAUGUCCGUGACCCUUUGUGUUGACUGAUUCCCUGUAUUCUU